UAACCAAACAGUUGAUGCUAGACAUUCCGGUGAUGGACGUCAAUGGCUACAGUCAGUGACAGCAUGGCUACAUGUUUUGUUACCAACAUUCUUUAAAAUACCUUCUUUUGUGUUCAAAAGAAGAGGGAAUCUCACACAGGUUUAAGAAAAACAUUACUAGCUGCUAAAUUUAAAUCUGUGUUCGCUGGCUGGCACAGAGCCAGACACAAGCACUGCGCAUUAUCACCAAUCACAUAUGAUUCCGCUGAGUUUAUGAAUGCCAGGACCAAUCAGAGGCGUUCAGAUGAGUCACCACUGAAACACGAUGUUUUCGCACCGCGCACGCUGGCUGACUGAAAUCUCUGGCUAAUUCUCUCAUCAGAAACAACAAAGUGAAGAUGUACAAAUAGAUCCUCUGACAAGAGCUGACCUUCCUGCUUUAAAAGUUUACUGUCAGUCUGGGUGUCUCCCACUGCCCACUGUCUUUGAACAUCUCCACUGAAGAACAGCCGGAGCACCGACCAGACAUACACUGCUGCAGUCAUUACGUUCAAUUAUUAAUGGCAAAGGCGUGUUUCCCUUUUAUGACAGUGAUUUUUCAUUGAUAUUAUAAUCUUUUAGUUAUAAAGAGCAUAGAUCAGAAGCUCGGAGCUGAAUACCUUGUUUGCAUCAGUUGGAGGACAAGGCAUUACCUUAAAAAGAGACCAAAUCCAAAAAGAGAAGAUCAUCUGGUGAUAUAAGGAGGAUCAUAUUGGACAGUUUAUUGUCUCAGUUCCAACACUUAUGGAAAUUCCAGUGACUUGUGCCUUGGCCUUCCUGCUGGUUUUUGGUGGGUCCUGCUGUGUGGACUCCUCUAACGCAGACACCUCCAAGGGGGAUGCAGGUCAGAAAAGGCCGUCUGGAGCAACAGAGAAUAAGCCGAGCCGCUGUUCCUAUACUUUCAUCGUACCUCAACAGAAGUUAACGGGGGCGAUUUGCGUGAGCACCGAGAUGGCUCGUGUCAACCGCUCUGAGAUGGCAUCCCUGCGUGCACUGCUGGACCGGCAGCAGGAACAGCUGGACACAAUGCGUGGGCAGCUGGAGCAGGAGGGAGCACUGGCCAAUGAGAUGAGAGUUCUGCGCAGGGAGAGCGUCAACAUGAACGCCCGCAUCACCCAACUCUAUGCCCAACUGCUGGAUGAGAUCAUCCAGAAGAAGGAUCAGGCUUUGGAGCAACGGAGGUUCGAGAGUUUGGUGCUUAAUGCAACAGCCCAGGUGCUUCAGGUGUCCAGCAGUUACAGAGAGCUGGAAAAGAAGUAUGAUGCACUCACCUCUCUAGUGAGCAACCAGAGCCAACUAAUCACACAUUUGGAGAAACAGUGCCAGCUCAAGAACCCCACUAAAGCACCGCAGGUAACCACAUCCCUUCCUGUUCAACAGUCUAGUGGGUUGGUGGAUGUGAACACAGAGGCUAAAGAAGUUGCCAGCAAUGUCCAAAGAGACCAAAGUGCCCCUUUGCACCAGGAACAGAGUCCUCUAGAACUGCUGGAGACCUUUGAUGGCUUGCCCAGUCUGCCAACAGACACACCUUUCACCAGUUACCCUGUGACUAAAUCUCCAGGGCCGUGGAAUGACUGUCAACAUGUGCUGGAGUCAGGAGAGAAGACCAGCGGCAUCUACCUGCUGCGACCGCGCAAUACUAACACACUUCUGCAGGCCUGGUGUGACCAGAGCAGAGCGCAGGGUGGCUGGACCAUUAUACAGAGGAGACAGGAUGGCUCUGUCAACUUCUUCAGGACCUGGGAACAGUACAAGCAAGGCUUUGGGAAUCUGGAUGGAGAAUACUGGCUGGGUUUGGAGCACCUGUACUGGCUCACCUCUCAGGCCACCUACAAGCUGCGAGUAGCCAUGGAAGACUGGCAAGGACGACAGGCGUUUGCAGAGUACGACAGCUUUCAGGUGGAACCAGAGAGUGACUGGUAUCGUCUACGAUUAGGCAGUUAUCAAGGCAAUGCAGGAGACUCCCUUUCAUGGCACAACAAUAAAGCGUUCACCACUCUGGACCGCGAUAAGGAUGCUUAUUCAGGUAAUUGUGCUCAUUACCAGAAAGGCGGAUGGUGGUACCACAUGUGUGCCCACUCCAACUUGAAUGGAGUGUGGUAUAGAGGAGGCCAUUACAGAAGUCGAUUCCAGGAUGGUGUUUACUGGGCAGAGCUCCACGGAGGCUCGUACUCCCUAAAGAAAGUGGACAUGAUGAUCAAACCUGCUUAACAGCCACAGAAACAAAUCAGCAGAGCACCCAGAGAGUUGAGAGUACUUAGAUUGAGUGCCAUGUUUUGCCACCUUUUCUACAAAAAGAUGUGACAAUGAGCACUAAAUGUUUUUGUUGAGCUUCAGGUUAUUUUGUUAGAGAGUUAGUCUUGAGGUUUUAUUAAAACUUUUGCAUAUUUUUUUAAAAACUCACGCCUGUGGUUUUCCUCUUUCCUACUGUAAGUUAAGCCAGGAUUUCCUGUUCUCAGACACUUCAUAUCAUGCUUAUCACAAACAACACCAAAGGAGACUCUGCAUCUAUCAUCCAUCUCAGGCAUUACCGGCAUCAUUGCUUAUCACUCGCUUGACAAUGCUUCUGCUUCAGCUGUUAAUAGGUCUCUUACUGAUCAGCUUUUCUCAUGGUGGUAAGUUCUUACCAUUCUGUCUUUUUACAGUGUCUUUCUGUGGAGCCUUUCAACUUUUUAAUUAGUUUAACAGCUAGAAGCCCAGCAAAUCGUCGAGGGAGGGAGUUCUUCACUAUUUUUGCAGUUCUGUUUAUUUCUUUUAUUUUUAGAUAUCUUUCUUUAGCCCUAUUUCUACUAACACUGAUGCUGUUUUGAUGGUGUCAAGGGUGAUUACAAAUAAUAAAUGUGUUAAAGCUA